AUGCAGAAGUUCAAGGAGAGUUUCCGAGCUAACACUCCCAUCGAGAUCGGUCACCUGCAGCCAGCCCCGCGCAGUGCGUCAGCAGGGAAGCGGAAGCGGAGGAACAAGUCUCGAGGGGGGAUCAGCUUCGGGAGAGCCAAGGGCACGUCCGGCUCAGAGGCAGACGACGAGACGCAGCUGACAUUCUACACGGAGCAGUACCGAAGUCGCCGCCGCAGCAAAGGUUUGCUGAAGAGCCCAAUGAACAAGACGGCCCUGACGCUGAUUGCGGUGAACUCCUGCAUCCUGGCCAUGGUGUGUGGCAGUCAGAUGUCCUGCCCACUCACUGUGAAGGUGACUCUGCACGUGCCUGAGCACUUCAUCGCAGACGGAAGCAGCUUCGUGGUGAGUGAGGGAAGCUACCUGGACAUCUCUGACUGGUUAAACCCGGCCAAGCUGUCCCUGUAUUACCAGAUCAACGCCACCUCCCCAUGGGUGCGGGACCUCUGCGGACAGAGGACAACAGAUGCCUGUGAGCAGCUCUGCGACCCAGAGACUGGAGAAUGCAGCUGUCACGAAGGCUACGCCCCUGAUCCUGUGCACAAACACCUGUGUGUGCGUAGUGACUGGGGACAGAGUGAAGGGCCUUGGCCUUACACGACACUUGAGAGGGGCUAUGAUCUGGUGACGGGAGAGCAAGCCCCUGAAAAGAUUCUCAGCUUGGGCCAAGGCCUCUGGCUUCCGGUCAGCAAAAGCUUCGUGGUGCCGCCCGUGGAGCUGUCCAUCAACCCCCUGGCCAGUUGCAAGACAGAUGUGCUCGUCACAGAAGACCCUGCAGAUGUCAGGGAAGAAGCGAUGCUGUCCACAUAUUUUGAAACCAUCAAUGACCUGCUGUCCUCCUUUGGGCCAGUUCGUGACUGCUCUCGGAACAAUGGGGGCUGCACGCGCAACUUCAAGUGUGUGUCCGAUCGCCAAGUGGACUCCUCAGGAUGUGUGUGCCCUGAAGAACUGAAACCCAUGAAGGAUGGCUCCGGCUGCUACGACCACUCCAAAGGCAUCGACUGCUCCGAUGGCUUUAACGGUGGCUGCGAGCAGCUGUGCCUGCAGCAGACGUUACCUCUGCCAUGGACAGCACCUCGCAUAGUUUUUAUUUUAUCUUGCAGUUGUGUGGAGGAGUACAAGCUGGCCCCUGACGGAAAAUCCUGCUUAAUGCUCUCAGAUGUCUGUGAGGGCCCCAAGUGCCUCAAGCCUGACUCCAAAUUCAACGACACCCUCUUUGGUGAGAUGCUACAUGGUUACAACAACCGGACCCAGCAUGUGAACCAAGGCGAAGUCUUCCAGAUGACCUUUAGGGAGAACAACUUCAUCAAGGACUUUCCCCAGCUGGCCGACGGGCUGUUGGUGAUCCCGCUGCCGGUGGAAGAGCAGUGCCGGGGGGUCCUCUCCGAGCCCCUCCCGGACCUCCAGUUGCUUACCGGAGACAUCAGGUAUGACGAGGCCAUGGGUUACCCCAUGGUGCAGCAGUGGCGGGUCCGGAGCAACCUGUACCGUGUGAAGCUCAGCAGCAUCACCCUCUCGGCAGGCUUCACCAAUGUCCUCAAGAUCCUGACCAAGGAGAGCAGUCGGGAGGAGCUGCUGUCCUUCAUCCAGCACUACGGCUCCCACUACAUUGCAGAGGCCUUGUACGGCUCCGAGCUCACCUGCAUCAUCCACUUCCCCAGCAAGAAGGUCCAGCAGCAGCUGUGGCUCCAGUACCAGAAAGAGACCACAGAGCUGGGCAGCAAGAAGGAGCUCAAGUCCAUGCCCUUCAUCACCUACCUCUCGGGUCUACUGACGGCCCAGAUGCUGUCAGAUGACCAACUCAUCUCAGGUGUGGAGAUCCGCUGUGAGGAGAAGGGUCGCUGUCCAUCCACCUGCCACCUGUGCCGCCGGCCAGGCAAAGAGCAGCUGAGCCCCACACCAGUGUUGCUGGAAAUCAACCGUGUGGUACCACUGUAUACCCUCAUUCAAGACAAUGGCACAAAGGAGGCCUUCAAGAGUGCCCUGAUGAGUUCCUACUGGUGCUCAGGGAAAGGGGACGUGAUCGACGACUGGUGCAGGUGUGACCUCAGCGCCUUUGAUGCCAGUGGGCUCCCCAGCUGCAGCCCUCUUCCCCAGCCGGUACUACGGCUGUCCCCAACAGUGGAGCCCUCCAGUACCGUGGUCUCCUUGGAGUGGGUAGAUGUCCAGCCAGCUAUUGGGACCAAGGUCUCCGACUACAUCCUGCAGCAUAAAAAGGUGGAUGAAUAUACGGACACUGACCUGUACACAGGAGAAUUCCUGAGUUUUGCUGAUGACUUACUCUCUGGCCUGGGCACAUCCUGUGUGGCAGCUGGUCGAAGCCAUGGAGAGGUCCCUGAAGUCAGUAUCUACUCCGUCAUCUUCAAGUGUCUGGAGCCUGAUGGUCUCUACAAGUUCACUCUGUAUGCUGUGGAUACACGGGGGAGGCACUCAGAGCUAAGCACGGUGACCCUGAGGACGGCCUGUCCACUGGUGGAUGACAACAAGGCAGAAGAAAUAGCUGACAAGAUCUACAAUCUGUACAAUGGGUACACAAGUGGAAAGGAGCAGCAGACUGCCUACAACACGCUGAUGGAGGUCUCAGCCUCGAUGCUGUUCCGAGUCCAGCACCACUACAACUCUCACUAUGAAAAGUUUGGCGACUUUGUCUGGAGGAGUGAGGACGAGCUGGGGCCCAGGAAGGCCCACCUGAUCCUGCGGCGGCUGGAGAGGGUGAGCAGCCACUGCUCCAGCCUCCUGCGAAGCGCUUACAUCCAGAGCCGGGUGGACACGGUGCCCUAUCUUUUCUGCCGCAGCGAGGAGGUCCGACCUGCAGGCAUGGUGUGGUACAGCAUCCUCAAGGACACCAAAAUCACGUGUGAGGAGAAGAUGGUGUCCAUGGCCCGAAACACGUACGGGGAGUCCAAGGGCCGGUGA